AUGGAUAUCUGUGGUACGAAAUGCAUCCCACAGAAAUACCUGAUGACCGACCAUGGCUUGGAGGCUGUGCAAAUCUUGUAUGUUCAUUCUUCGCCAACAAGCAGCAGGGCGGAAAACGAAACGAUGCUCAAUCAGCCGAUGAACGACUGUGCAUUGCAGAAGCUGGAUUAUAUCAAAGCGUUGGAGAGUGAAAAGGCGGAACUGGCAAAAUAUAGCGGCGCGUUCGAAUGCUGCAAGAUGGUGAAGCAUCAGCUUUCGCAAAGCAUGGCAAAUGCGAAAAAGACCACGAAUGCCAAUUCGAUGACCACCUCAGAAAUGUUGAUCCUGCCAACGUUCCUGGAUCCCAGCUAUCGUUUCAUCUCCCGUCUGCUUGCUGAUGACGGGCGAAUUCUGAAAGAGAUCGAAAGCGACAGCGGUUGCCAAAUCAAGAUCUGUGGACAACAAGUGCCAUUCUCCUCGGCUGCCGAUUCAGACGACGUAACGAAAAAUGCCUACGUUACGCCUGACGAUAAGCUACACCUUUGCCUGGAAGCGACGGGCAACGGAGAAGCCGCCAAACAGAAAAUCACCACCGCAAUUACCAUGUUAAACUAUAUGGCUUCCAGUAUUUAUAAUUAG